UCCAACUAUUUUUGAAAAAGUGUGUGAAAUUUGUGCAGUUUACUAAUUUCUUUACGUGGGAGCGAAAUAAACAGAUGAUGAGUAGUGCAAGCACUUUUGUGACGUUUCCGGCACCUCCAGGUCCAGGGAUGGUGACUGUUGAAGAAAGCAUCGGUAACCUGAGAUCACUUCCGCAGAACCAGGCAAAACUUCGGGUACAAGGAUACCCUGAUGUCCAAAUAAGCAAAGAUUCAACACGUAGCCUCACACAGCGAGAGAACGCGAAGUCAGCCUUUCUGCCUCACAAUGAGACAGUGUCAAAGCGAGUUUACCAUGCUUGGCAGGACACAGGACUAUCUGGAUCCUUGGAGGAAAUUAUCAAUAGUUCACAAGAUGUGCCCAACUGGGUGUGUGGAAUAUCACAGCAGCUCCUCAUGUUGACAAGAUGGACUAGUUCUCUCCAUGGCUCAUUCUCCCCACAUUUAGCUCUGUCAAACGAUGAGAUUGUGUCAAAGUUCACGAGUAUCCAGCACUGGUCCACCAGUCCAAUCAAGGCGUUUGACUGGCAUCCACAUGUGGUGAAGUUUGCGUACGCCCUGCAGGACGAUUCCAUUCGAGUCCAUUGCGGGUCGACAGAAUUGGUACCAACCCUUAAACACAAGCUGCAGAAGAACAUAGCAGAUCUGAAGUGGCAGCCCAACUCCUCGUCUAUUCUGGCGGUGGCAUGUCAGUCUGGUGUCCUCAUUUGGCACGUGGAACCUACUUCUUUAGCAACAAGACCUUCCUCGAGCUCCGUCCAGGUCUUGCAGCGAAGUGGUCACACUCCGGUGACCAGCCUCAGUUGGAGUCCUGAUGGACGCACGCUCCUGUCUGCCUCCCCAGUCGACACCUCGAUGCUGGCUUGGUCUGUAGCCAUGGAAACAUGCACGCCACUGUGGAGAUUUGGGGGUGGGGGAGUGUCAUUGUUGUCAUGGUCACCAGAUGGGAGUAAAGUAUUUGCUGCAACGCCAUCUAAUCUGUUUAGAGUGUGGGAAACAAGACAUUGGGGCUGUGAGAAAUGGAACACAUCAACGGGAUUCUGCAAGGCUGCAUGCUGGUCACCAGAUGGAAGUGUUGUGUUGUUCUCCACUGAAAACCAGCCAAUCAUAUACUCUCUAACAUUUGCUGAAACCACCGAUGACACAAGCUCUGUGAUUGGUGGAUCCCAAACUGCAGUAGGUUGUGUGGACCUAUCAGAAACAGAGUUGCAAAAUGAGGAUGGAAAUUCAGUAAAGUUGGGCGGGUACAUUCAACAGCUGGCCUGGGACCCCCUCGGAGAAAGACUUGCAGUUAUGCUGGAAGAGACCUGUGAUUACGUUGCUGUAUUUAGGACCACACAAUCUCCUGUGCUGGAAAUAACACCCUGCGGGUUUGUUCGAGGCCUAGAUGGUGAGAAACCAGAGUUGAUUCAGUUCCAACCAAACUUCGAAGGUGGAUCUCUCCUCACUGUGGUAUGGUCCAGUGGACGCAUUGGCUACAUUCCAAUGAGAUACAUCCCCUCAUCAUCAAAAGGUGUCAAUACACAGGACCAACCUGCCCACUCAUUUCACAGCCAUAGAUUUACUAAUGGACUGUACUCUCAACAGAAUGGAGAAUAAAUUGUAUUGACAAUAUACGUCUAACGAUUAGUGGAGAAUAUUAAUUUUGUAUUCCCUCAUUUCACAUCCGUAGAUUUACUAAUGGACUGUACUCUCAACUAAAUGGAGAAUAAAUCUUAUUGACAAUGUAUUCUUUACAAUUAGUGAAGAAUACUUCUAUCCCAUUAUUUCACAGCCAUAGAUUUACUAAUGGACUGUACACAGAACACAAUGGGGACUAACUCUUAUUGACAAUAUCAUGCCUUAAGAUUAUUGGAAUAUACUUGUAUCACCUCAUGUCACAGCCAUAUGUCAACUAAUAGACUGUACACAGAACUCAAUGGGGAAUAAUUCUUAUUGACAAUAUCAUGUCUUACCAUUAUUAGAAUAUACUUGUAUAGACCCCUCAUUUCACAGCCAUAGAUUCACAGUGCACAGCCAUUUUGGACAUGUGAGGAUUAAAUUCUUAAAAUAGAUGACAGGAUCCCUCAUUUUACUGCCAAAGUUUAAAUAAUGGACUGUUUACCUGAACAAAAUGGAGAUGAAUCUUAUCGACAAAAUAUGCCUUAUGAUUAAUGGAGGUUUAAUGUAUCCCUUUAUUAUGAAAGGUAAUUAUGCUUUCAUUUUGUGUUGUAUUGUUUGUCCAUAACCUGUGAUAUGAAGUUUGUAAGUGCUAUAUGAAAUGAGUGCUAUAAAAUCUGAUGUAUAAUUAUAAUUAUUUAUAGAACUUUUCACAGUUCACAGUAAUUAUUGGCUUAAGAAAUUCAAUUCUUAAAAAGAAUAUAAAAAUGAAAUGAUGAGAAAUUUCAUUAUACCUAUGUUUUACAUAACUAUCUUUCAACCUGGUUAAGAUUAGACCCAAGCUUGUACUCUUGAUCCUACAAAUAAUUGAAAAAAACUGAUGUUUUCUGAUUACGAAUAUAUUCACGAAUGGUCUGUAAGGGAUAUAUUUACUAAUGGAAUGUGGGGAAUAUUUUCAUGAAAGGACGGUAGGGAAUAUAUUCACAAAUGAACUGUAAGGAAUAUAUUUACUAAUGGGAUGUGGGGAAUACUUUCACUGAAGGACUGUGCAGAAUAAAUUAUAUUCACUAAUGGACUGUAGGGAAUAUAUUCACAAAUGAACUGUAAGGAAUAUAUUUACUAAUGGGAUGUGGGGAAUAUUUUCACUGAAGGACUGUGCGGAAUAUAUUCACUAAUGGACUGUAGGAAAUAUAUUUUCAAAUGAAUUGUAAGGAAUAUAUUUACUUAUGGGAUGUGAGGAAUAUUUUCACUAAAGGACUGUGCCGAAUAUAUUCACUAAUGGACUGUAGGGAAUAUAUUCACAAAUGAACUGUAAGGAAUAUAUUUACUAAUGGGAUGUGGGGAAUUUAUUAAAUUAUUUAUUAAUGGGAAGUGGGGAAUAUUUUCACUUCUGGACUGUUGGGAAUAUAUUUACUUAUGGACUGUAUGGAAUAUUUUCACUAAUGGGAUGUGGGGAACAUAUUCACUAAUGGGAUGUGGGGAAUAUAUUCACUAAUGGGAUUUGGGGCAUAUAUUCACCAAUGAACUGUGAGGAAUAUUUUCUCUAAUGGACUUUGGGGAAUAUAUUCACUAAUGGGAUUUGGGGAAUAUUUUCACUAAUGGACUGUAGGGAAUAUAUUCACCAAUGAACUGUGGGGAAUAUUUUCACUAAUGCGAUGUGGGGAAUAUAUUCACUAAUGGGAUUUGGGGCAUAUAUUCACCAAUGAACUGUGAGGAAAAUUUUCACUAAUGGACUGUGGGGAAUAUAUUCACUAAUGGACUGUGGGGAAUAUAGUCACUAAUGGACUAUAGGGAAUAUAUUUACUAAUAAGAUGUGGGGGAUAUUUUCACUAAUGGGCUGUUAUGAAUAUUUUCACUAAUGGACUGUGUGGAUGCAAUGACUCAUGUGCAUGUAUCGUAUUUUGGUUGUUAUGCCCCCAUCGUUCACUGUCAAAUUCAUAUCUUUUAACUGCACUCUUAAUGUAGAUGAGAAAGAAUUCACUAUGUAUCAUAUUCUUGACUUCCAACUCUCUUAAUGUUUCCAUUUUGUAUCCCCAUAUUUCACAAUCAUGAUUCUCAGUAAUGUUCUCUUUAUUUUGGGGGAGAUAAAAUUCUCGAAUAUGAAUGAGGUUAGAGUCUCCAAAGACUGCAUUUCCAAAUGUAAUGGAUGAUAACGUUCAUUGAACCUUAGUCGAAAAAAAUGUCAUACUGUGGUGAAAAAACAAACAUCUUAACAUGUUUGAUAAUAGUAGCAAAAUGUUAUCAGUUACAGGGCAUAACUCCCAUCGUCAGAGAUGGAAGAUGUAAUAAAUGAAUUGACACAUCAUUAGCUUCGUAAUCAUAUAUUUAUAAAUGAGAGCGAUUCAUGCAAUACUAAUGCUUGACUUUUUUAUUAGGAAUACCUUUAUGGUUAUUAUGAUAUAAUCAUGAUAGUGUAAAGAGAAUAAAGAAAAUGCAAAA